AUGGUCACGUUAACCCUGCAGAAUACCGAGUUACCAAAAUUUUGGGAUUUAGAAGUUUUAGGAAUUAAAGAUCCAAUAGAAAGAAAAAAUAAGAUCCUUCUUGAAGAAGAAACUCUAACCCAUUUCCGAGAAACCUUAGAAGUUCUAGAAGGCGGACGAUAUGAAGUAGCUUUACCUUGGUUGUCUGGACAUCCACCUGUAUAUGAUAUGUACGAUGUCGCUGAAUCCAGACUACGUUCAGUAACAAAACGUCUAUUAAAAGAAAACAUCUACGACGUGUACGAUGAUGUUUUGAGACAGUGGCAAAGAGAAGGUAUAAUUGAAGCUGUACCGCAGGACGAAAUUUCGAAACCUGGUCAUUAUCUUCCUCACAGGCCCGUUAUCAAACCAUCAAGUGCUACAACUAAGGUUCGACCAGUCUUCGAUGCCUCCUUUAAACGAACAGGUUAUGCUUCUCUAAAGGAAUGCUUGAGUGUUGGACCUAGUCUUUCGGAACAGAUUCCCCCACUUCUGUUAAGAUUUCCCACUGGUUCUAUAGGAGUGAUUGCUGAUAUAAAACAAGCUUUCUUACAAUUGAGUGUCAAACCGGAGGAUCGUGAUUUUUUAAGAUUCUUGUGGUGGAAUUUCAAAGAUCGAUCAAAAUUAGAAUUCAGGAGGCAUUGUCGAGUAGUCUUUGGAGUGACUUCGAGUCCAUUUCUCUUGAAUGCUAGUAUUCGUCACCACCUUAAUUCAAAGGAAUACCAACUUGAAUCUCUUCAGCCGAUUGUCGAGAAACUUAAAAAGGGUUUCUAUGUAGACAAUUUGACUACCAGCGUUGAGGACCAAGAAGAGUUGAUGGAGUUCAAGACUCAGACGAUGAAGAUAAUGAAUGCUGCUUCGUUUGAAUUAAGAUGUUGGGCUCACAGUGGAGAUCAGAACCAGGAAUGUCAAAAUGUUCUUGGUCUCGAGUGGGAUACAAAGACUGACGAGCUGUACUGUGUUGGUCCUGAUAUAAGUUCCGUUGAAGUUGUAUCCAAGAGAAAAUUACUUUCCGUUGUUAACGGCAUAUACGAUCCUGUGGGUUUCACAUCUCCUGCGACACUGUUACCAAAAUUGUUACUCCAAGAGGCUUGGCGCAAUAAGUUGGAUUGGGACGAACAGUUGCCUUCCGAAAUGCAGUUACGCUAUCAACGAUGGGCAAAGCAUUUAGAUCUUAUCCAGAAAUGUAGGAUCCCUCGUAGGAUAUUGCAUGGAACUUUCGAAAGGGCCAGUUUACACAUAUUUACAGAUGCAUCGGCUCAUGGGUAUGCCUGCUGUGCCUUUCUACGAUGUGGAGAAGAGGAGGAAGUGAGAGUCUCAUUAGUUUCAGCAAAGGCUAGAGUAGCUCCUCUUCAGAGACCAACAAUUCCACGAUUGGAGCUUUUAGGAGCCGCUAUUGGAGCUAGAAUUGCUUCAACAAUAUUAGAAACAUUUAAUUUGCCUUUAAAGACGUAUUUUUGGACAGAUUCCAUGAUAGUUCUGGGAUGGAUUACUAAAACAGAACCCUGGAAUACGUUUGUAGGUAACAGAGUGAAAGAAAUACAAGAACUUACAAACAUAGAAGAUUGGAGAUUUGUCCCUGGAGAUGUCAAUCCAGCAGACUUACCUUCCCGCUCAUGUGAUUGGUCUGAACUUUUACGGAGUCAAUGGUGGGAGGGUCCAAAGUGGCUUUAUGAACGUCCAGAAUUUUGGCCUUACACUGAGAUCAUUCUUCCUGACGAAGCGAUGUUAGAACGACGGAAGUCAGUAGCUGUUAAUCUAAAUAUUGAAGCAAAGGAGCAUUUUGGAAAUAGAUUUUUAUACUUUUCCAGUUAUCCAAGGAUCAUCCGCUUGACAGCCUGGGUAUUGAGAUUUUGCCAGAAUAUCAAAGUGAAUUCUUCCAAGUUGACCAAGGAGCUGUCAUACGAAGAAAUUCGAAGGGGUGAGGAAACUCUGAUACGAAUAAUACAAUCAGAAUGGCCAACUGACAUUAGGGAGAAGUACUCUCAGACAAUUCAGUUUUACGAAGAAAAUGAAAUAUUGAAAGUUCGAUCAAGGCUAAUCCUAGGGCAAGAUCCAGAAGAUUUUGUACGACCCAUAGUUUUGCCAGAUCAUCCAAUUGUCAGAAAACUCAUAGAAUAUACUCAUAAGUCACUUCACCAUGCAGGCGUGCAAACUACGUUGUCUCAUCUACGCGACCGAUUUUGGAUUCCUCGGGGACGGAAAGUUGUUAGAGAAGUUUUACAGAAGUGUGUGACAUGUAAGAGGUAUACAUCAAAACCUGUAGUACCAGUUGUUCCUGCUCCUCUUCCUAUUGAUAGGAUCAAUCGUGUAGCUGCAUUUCAAGUGACUGGGGCUGAUCUGGCAGGUCCUGUUUAUUUGAAAGGAAGGCAAAAGGCUUGGAUAGUGCUUUUUACGUGCGCGGUAUAUCGUGCUAUUCACUUAGAGUUGGUGACAUCCCUGUCUACUGAAGCAUUUAUGCAAGCCAUGAGACGAUUUUUUGCUAGAAGAGGACGUAGUUCUAUUAUGUACACUGAUAACGGAACUAAUUUUUUGGGAACAACUAGAGCUCUCAGCUCCCUCAACUGGCAAGAAAUAACAUCUGAAUGUGCUAUCCAACAGAUUAAAUGGCACUUCAAUCCCCCUACAGCACCAUGGUAUGGAGGUUGGUGGGAAAGAAUGAUCCGCACCGUUAAAGAACUUUUGAGAAAGGUAUUAAGCCGUGCUUCUGUCACUUACGAGGAAAUGGUGACUUUACUAUGUGAAUGUGAAAGCAUAGUUAAUGGACGUCCUCUCACAUAUGUUUAUGAUGAUCCGAAUGAGUUGAGGGUUAUCAAACCUUCCGACUUUAUACAAGACAUAAAAGGAAAUGAAACUGUGGAUUUGGACAUCGUAGAUACCAGACAUCUACGUAAUCGCAUUCGAUACCUGCAGAAUCUACGUUAUCAGCUACGUCAACGAUUCCAAAAGGAGUAUUUAGCAGAACUUAUACGGAAUCCUCAUUUAUCUACCAAACGACAGAACCUGUCACCAGGUGAUAUUGUUCUCAUUGGCUCAGAAAACACAAAACGUUUAAAUUGGCCUUUAGGACGUGUCAUCAAACUAUAUCAAGGUAAGGAUAACAUCAAACGAGUACUUAGAUUACGUGUGGCUAAUGGAGAAAUCAUCCGUCCAGUUCAAAGAGUCUAUCCUUUGGAAAUUAGUUCUCCUGAUAUCUCCAAAGAUAUACCCGAAAAUGUGGAAGGUGCUUCUGAUAUUACUGAUGAUGAUAUUGGAGUACCUGUUGCUUCAAAUGAAAAAUGCUGUCAAUCUGAAGCAUUCCCUCAAGAAAAAUUACAGACUGCGAAACAAACGCGGUUUGGUCGACGAGUUGUUCCUGUGAAACGCCUGGACUUAUAG